AAGAAGUUCGCUACAAGGAACAGGAAGUGAUUAGUACAUACAGCUAAAUAGCUAGUCAUUCCACAACUCUGUGCAUGUAAAAGUUGCUGCUAUGUUUUCCCACAGGUGGAAACAAGUUGUACUUCUUGUACCUGGUGUAUGAUUUGCAGACUGCGUAUGAGUGACUUGCUCUGCCACACAUGGAAUCAACUUCGAGGCGUCGAAGGAGGGGGGCGGAUGUCAGUGGCCCCUCAUCCAAGACUGUCCCCCCAGACCUCACAGAGGCCCCCCCCAAGGUCACCACCCGGAAACACAACAUCUGCAUGGUGUCUGACUUCUUUUAUCCCAAUAUGGGCGGAGUGGAAAGCCACAUUUACCAGCUGUCCCAGUGCCUGAUCGAAAAGGGACACAAGGUGGUGAUAGCCACCCACGCCUAUGGCAGGAGGAAGGGCAUCCGCUACCUGACCAAUGGACUGAAGGUGUACUACCUCCCCCUGCAGGUCAUGUACAACCAGUCGACAGCCACCACCUGCUUCCACAGCCUGCCGCUGCUGCGCUGUGUGUUUGUCAGGGAGCGCAUCACUGUUGUGCACGCGCACAGCUCCUUCUCCGCCAUGGCUCAUGAUGCACUGUUCCAUGCAAAGACAAUGGGCCUUAACACGGUGUUCACUGACCACUCCCUCUUUGGCUUUGCGGAUGUGAGCUCGGUGCUCACCAAUAAGCUUCUGACUGUGUCGUUGUGUGACACCAACCAUAUUGUGUGUGUGUCAUACACCAGCAAGGAGAACACAGUCCUCCGUGCAGCACUCAACCCAGAGAUAGUGUCUGUCAUUCCUAAUGCUGUCGACCCCACAGACUUCACUCCUGACCCCUCUCAGCGCCAAGACGACAGGAUUACUAUUGUUGUGAUUAGUCGACUUGUCUACCGCAAAGGAAUUGAUCUUCUCAGUGGAAUAAUCCCAGAGCUCUGUCUCAAACAUCCUGAUUUGCACUUCCUAAUUGGCGGAGAGGGGCCGAAAAGAAUCGUGCUGGAAGAAGUGAGAGAGAAAUACCAGCUGCAUGACAGGGUUCGCCUCCUGGGGGCUCUGGAGCAUAAAGAUGUACGUGGAGUUUUGGUGCAGGGUCACAUCUUCCUCAACACCUCUCUGACUGAAGCUUUCUGCAUGGCCAUAGUAGAGGGAGCCAGCUGUGGACUGCAGGUCGUCAGCACCCGUGUCGGGGGAAUUCCUGAAGUGUUGCCUGAAGACUUAAUCACUCUGUGUGAGCCUACUGUACGGUCUUUGUGUGCUGGUCUGGAGACGGUCAUUGCCAGGCAGCGUUCAGGGUCUGUGCCCUCCCCCGCUUCUGUCCAUGCCCGUGUGAGAAACCUCUACACCUGGAGAAAUGUUGCGGAGAGGACUGAAAAGGUCUAUGACAGGGUGGCCGGGGAGGCGGUGCUUCCCCUGGACAGACGCUUGCUCAGGCUGCGGGCUCACUGUGGACCAGUGGCGGGCUCCAUCUUCGCUUUUGUAGCUGUUUUAGACUUCCUCUUCCUGCUCCUCCUCCAGUGGCUGGUGCCAGACCGGGUCAUGGAUGUCGCUGUGGACGCCACAGGCCUUCGUGGACUGUGGAGCUCGGGACGGGACUGCGAAAAAAGAGCUCACUCUAAAUGGGCCAGGAUGCCAACAGCAGAAACAGAAAUUUCAGACUUCAGUCUUCAUUAUGGCGACUGAGGAGAUCUUCCUAACCACUAUAUCAUGCUGAAUAUCAGAUGUGGAAUCUACUCAUCCUAACUUGGAUAUUGUUUACAUUUUAUUGUAAAAAGGGACUUGAUAGAGCUUGAGUGAAAGCACUGAGCAUUUGGAAUCUAUACUACUGAUAAAAUUGGGAAACCAUGGCACCCAUUUGGGCUUUGUUAAGCACUUUUUGUUUUGUUUUGUUUUGUUUUUGUUGUGUAUUGCAUUGCACUACACACAGAUGCGGUAAAAAAAGGCUCGUUGAUUGUACACAGACUUAUACAAUGCCAAGUAGAUGGUGUGGCUAUAUGGGGAUAAAGUUUCAAUGAGUGAAUAAAUCUCUUAUAGCCUCAGC